GCGCGUCGCGGCGGGGUAUGGCCAGUCAUGGCCGCCUCCAUGUUGUGCUGCUUCUCCUGGUGCAGGGAUGGCGGUGCCGGCCACAUUCCGCUAAAGGAGAUGCCGGCGGUGCACCUCGACACGCAGCGCAUGGGAACAGAUGUUGUGAUUGUUAAAAACGGCAGAAGAAUAUGUGGCACCGGAGGCUGCUUAGCCAAUGCACCUUUGCAUCAGAACAAGAGCUAUUUCGAGUUUAAAAUCCAGUCCACAGGGAUUUGGGGUAUUGGAGUUGCAACUCAGAAAGCAAACUUGAAUCAAAUUCCACUUGGUCGAGAUGUCCAUAGCCUGGUGAUGAGAAAUGAUGGAGCUCUCUACUAUAACAAUGAGGAGAAAAACAGACUACCAGCAAACAACCUUCCUCAGGAAGGUGAUGUGGUGGGCAUUACAUAUGACCAUGUAGAAUUAAAUGUAUAUUUAAAUGGAAAAAACAUGCAUUGUCCAGCUUCAGGAAUCCGAGGGACUGUCUAUCCAGUGGUCUAUGUUGAUGACAGUGCCAUUCUGGAUUGUCAGUUCAGUGAAUUUUAUCACACACCUCCACCAGGGUUUGAAAAGAUCCUUUUUGAGCAACAAAUCUUCUGAAUGUCUUCGUACUGAAAAUUUGCACCCUGCACUGUUACAAAAGCUUUGUCAUCUUAAAUAAAGCUUCACUUUACGUUUAGGAACCAUAUCUGUAUUUUAAGUAAGUACUUGUGACUGUGGUCUGCAGAAUUUAUGUGUUGACUGCAACACCAGGUAACUGUGCUGCAAAUAUGAGAUUUCUGGCAAUGGUUUGUAGUCAAAAGUGAAUGUUUGGGGUAGGGUUUUUCUCCAAUUUGUACUUGAUGCAUAAGGAUACUAAGGGAUAUUAUUGUCAUCAGUAUUACAUUCAGUAUUUUGAAAAAACUGGAGUUCUGUAAAGCAAAUAGUGCUUAUGCAUACGAUAGCUAUGGAGAUGGAUAGUUCUCUUGAUUAUUUCUUUCCCCCAGCUUUUUCACCAGAAGUUCGUGCUUUGUUUAAAGGCAGCACUGUGUGUCCAGUGUGUGAUUUGGAGUUGCAGUGUCUCAGUUUUGCACAGUGACUAACCAUACAAUGGCAUAACUAGCAGAUAGGUACUUUUUCUGCAAGGUAUAGUUGAAUCUAUUCCCUCAGUCUUAGACAGGGAAAUAUAACUUAUUUAUUUCUCCUAGCUUUUCAUUUGCUUUUAUUGUCACAAAUAAUAAUGACACUUUCUAAUAACACUUUUUUGUUGGACCUUAAAAAUGAAACCUGAACACUACCCGUGUGUUUGAGGACCACCACGCUGCAAUACUCUUGUAGGAGAGCAAGUACAGAUCACUCAGUCUGGGUAUGUGAGGAGUCAAUUGGGAAGGCUAGGAGAUGCUACGGUGAAGCCUUACAUGUUAAACUGUAAGUUAGAUUAUUCUCUUACAGAAUAGCAUAUUUAAUUUCUUUGUGAAUCAUUUAUGAACGAUUGAUGGCUAAGACAUUGUUCUAAAAUGUGAUGCCCUUGAAUAUAAAUUAUGAGAUGCUUUCUUUUUUUUUCACUCUCGUCGCAUUUAAUAUACUUCCUAAAAAAAUUUUUAUUAUAAAGAAAAUCUUCAUACUGAAUGUUUGUGUUUUGGGUUUUGCUCUUCCUGGGUUAAUGCAUUUGCAUAAAUGAAUUAUUUUAUUUAAAUAUUUUUAGAAAUUAUCUGAUUCUGGAAUUUUCAAAUACAAACAGCUUUCUCAAAGCCUUUCACCUUACAGUUUUCUGUAUCUGUCUUUUCAUUUGGAGUGGUCCAUGUUUUCCUUCCCUUUAGCCUUUCUAUCAAAUAAUGGUGUUGGGUAGAACUUUUCAGCCUGAAAGGAAUGAUGCCCUUGUCACCAUUAUGGUAUAAAGCUCAGUUUUAUAUAAAGUGCAGUUUUAUCGUCUCCCCUUGAAAUCUGCUCUGCUUUGCUAUGUGGUUGGAUACAUAAUUAAGUUAAAUUAAACAUUCUUGUGUUUUGCUUCA